AUGCUGAGCAGUGCUGCAUCGGCUGAAAAUGCCGCUACCUCCGCCCCGGCCGUUCCAGAGAAACCUCCUCAAACUCCCUUUAUGCAAAGAAUACGUCAAAUUAUGCCAGCCUUUAUGAAAAAAUCCACAGUUGGUACGCCGGCAAAGACUCCAAAUCAGGCAAAUGAGGAGCUAAUUGUGGAGUUACAAAAUCAGCUCACCUUCAAGACCGGGGAGAUUGCUACCCUGCAAACAGAACUGAAUAGGUAUCAGACGGUGUUAGAUCGGAAGUCGGCUGAACGUGGAGACCGGUCGCAUGAACUGGACUGUAUUAGACAGGAUGAGCUUCCGAGGCAACGAGCUAUCGGUGUGUCGGCGGAGCCAGAGUCUACAAAAAUGGGGGCAGAUGAAAAACUUAAAAAGUAUUCCAAGUCUGCAAGGUAUGUGCAAAACACGUUUGGUUUUAACAGUAUAAAUUCGAUUUACGGCAGUUCUUGCAUGGUUGCUGAAAAAGAUAAGAGGCCCCUCUAA